GCGCAGUUCCCCAGUUUGCCUCGCUCUAUGUGGGUGACCUGCACCCUGAUGUCACCGAGGCAAUGCUCUACGAGAUCUUCAACUCUGUGGGGCCUGUGGCCUCGAUCCGUGUUUGCCGGGACAGUGUGUCCCGCAAGUCUCUUGGUUAUGGGUAUGUAAAUUUUCACAACGUGUCGGAUGCAGAGAGAGCUCUGGACACCCUGAACUACUCAAGCAUCAAGGGACGAUCUUGCCGCAUCAUGUGGAGUCAGCGCGACCCCAGUCUGAGAAAGAGUGGUGCCGGCAACAUCUACGUGAAGAAUUUGGACAAGAACAUUGACAACAAGGCCCUUUAUGACACCUUCAGUUUGUUCGGCAAUAUCCUUUCUUGCAAAGUGGCAACUGAUCCCACGGGCAAUUCAUAUGGUUAUGGCUUUGUGCACUACGAGACUGAGGAAGCGGCGAAGCAGGCCAUCGAAAAGGUGGAUGGCAUGAUGAUUGGUGAAAAGACCGUGCAGGUUUGCCAUUUUCAAAAGAGGGAUGACAAGGGGGACGACAAGGAGAACUUUACGAACGUUUACGUGAAGAAUUUCCCAGACGAUUGGGACGAGGACAAGAUCCACAGCACCUUCAGUGAGUAUGGUCCUAUUUCAUCCCAUGCGCUCCGUAAGGACAACAAAGGUCGACCUUUUGCUUUCGUGGCCUUCGAGAGCAGUGAGGCGGCGAAGGCAGCAGUGGAAGCUAUUCACAUGAAGCCAAACGGCAUGGACGAUGGAGGGGAGGAGCGUCUCGGCCCAGAUGGGCAUCCUGAAAACAAGAUCUACUGCUCUCGCGCUCAGACGAAGAGUGAGCGCCAGGCAGAGCUCCGCUCCAAGUUUGCAGCGAUGGACGCCAGCAAGGGUGGUGUGAACCUGUACGUGAAGAAUUUGGAUGACAGCAUUGACGAACCAACCCUGAAGGAGCUCUUUGAACAGUUCGGCACGAUCACGUCUUCUGCCGUACCAUUGGACAGCAACGGCAAGUGCAAGGGCUUUGGCUUCGUAUGCUUCGCAUCUCCCGAUGAGGCGACCAAGGCAGUGACUGAGAUGCACCUGAAGGUCAUCAAAGGUAAGCCUUUGUAUGUGGGCCUUGCUGAGAAGCGUGAAGCGAGGCAAGAGAGGCUCCGCCAGCGCUACUCGAUGCCUUCCGGAGGUGGCAAGGGCAUGAUGGGGGGCAAGGGCGACAAGGGCGGCAAAGGCGGCAACAACCCAAAUAUGAGAGGCAUGAUGGGAAUGAUGCCGCAGCAAGCGAUGAUGGGCAUGAUGAGGCCUCCAAUGAUGGGAAUGAUGCCGCAAAUGAUGGGCAAGGCUCCGAUGCCGAAGGCUCCCAUGAUGGGAAUGAUGGGUAAAGGUGGACAGAUGAUGCCCGGAAAGGGUGGUAUGCCAACCAUGCCCAUGCCAAUGGGCAUGAAUCCGGCCAUGAUGAUGAGACCCAUGGGACCCGGAGCUAUGAUGCCUCGUCCUGGAGGCCCUCCAGGAGGUGGACAACUGAGCCCUGCUGCUUUGGCAAACGCUCCACCGUCUGUGCAGAAGCAGAUGAUCGGUGAGAAGUUGUUCCCCAUGAUCUCCAAGAUUCAUCCCGAUCAAGCUGGAAAGAUCACUGGAAUGAUGCUGGAAAUGGACAACAGCGAGUUGCUGAUUCUGUUGGACUCUGAGCAGCAGCUCAAGAAUAAG